AUGGCGUCGCCGCCGGCGACGUGGUCGGUCACCGCGUGCCUUACUUACCGCGGCGGGCUGGAGAUCCGCGCCGCCGCAGAGAACAUUCUCCCCGGCUGGGGCCACGGCGGCGAGCGCCUCUCCUUCCUCCUCCGCCUCCGCCGCCGCCUCCGCCUCGCCGUCACCUCCCAGUGCGGCCGCGCGCCCGCGCCCGCGCCCGCAGAUCCCGACAAGAAGCCGCGCGGCCUCAAGCUCCUCCGCUCCCUGCGGACCGGGCUCCCCUGCAUUUGGCGCCGCAAGAAGCCGCCGCGCGCCGCCGCGGUGGCCAAGCCGGGUUCUCGCUCUCAGGCGAUCCCCUCUCUGCUGAAGGAUCGAGCUUUGAUGCGGCCGGCGACGACGGUGGCGCUGUGCUCCGUCGCCGCGCUCGCCGUCGCCGCGGCUUCCGUCGCGGCGCUUCGCCUCGUGGCCGGGUUCUUGAUACCGAGCGCGAGCUGCGGAUCAUGGAGAUGCUUCUUGGCGAAGAAAUUCGUCAGGUUCUUGGGGCCUCCUCUCUUCGAGUGGAUCUCCAAGAUUAGCCUGAAAUUUGUGGAUCCUCCAGCUCUCGGCGAGUGGCUCGGGCUCCCGAAGCUUGGACUCAAGUGGCUCUUCAACAAGUAG